AAAUGGAACGAGACGCUCGAAUAUAACAGGGCCCGCUUAAAUACUAUUUUUCUGCAAGGAGAAGAGCGGGAAUGAGAGGUUGUAUCGACAUGUUUUGACUGCUAUAACACGAACCUUUUUUACGUUUACCGUCUCUCUCUUCAAGGUUCUAUUUUAUUUUUUCCCAUUUCUGUUCAGUCCCUAUGGCUAUAUCUUUUGUUAAAGAACUCAGCCUCUUCGCGGCAGCCACCGCAGCAAUGGCUGGCACCGCACUAACAUAUUACUGGAUGUUCAAUUACUAUUCUCUUAGUCGUCCCGCAUGGCGUUAUACAGAAGAAGAGGGUGAGAGCCGCCUGGCAGCGUACAAGGCAGUGAGAGAAAAGGAUCAGAUUCAUUACCGCGUUAUCAAUAUCGAUGGAGGUGUUUUUCUGCAAGAUAAACUGUUAUCUCAGCUAGAGACGGCCGAAAAACUGGACUUUACGUUUAUGAAUGAAAGCAUUCGAGUUGAAUGCAGUUAUUUGGAUUGGUAUGAGUUCGAAAACAAACUUAGCCAGUGGACAGGUUCUACGACCGAUGAUGAGCUAUCUAGUCACGGUCCGAUCAUCAGCUUUCUCGGCUCCAACGACUACCACCAUUUAACGUUGGCCCUGAUCAGACGGUUUAGGAUGCCGUUCAACGUGAUCAUGCUAGAUAACCACCCCGACUGGAUUAAAUACUAUUUGGGCCUCCAUUGUGGCAGCUGGCUGAACCACGUAGCAGAUAUGAAGACGGUUCAGCGCAUUUUCCAUUUAGGAGGAAACUCUGGAGAGUUCGAGGAUACAGGGUUCUUAUGUUUGACUCCAUGGGAGCAUUUGAUUGGAGAAAGAGCCAAAAUCAAGGUGAUGCCUGCUAUUAGCUGUUUUACAGGUACCCUAUGGCCUAAAGUUGAGCAGGUGACGAUGAGGGACAGGUGGCACAAAUCGAUGACGAAGGAUCGAGCGAUGGAAUUAUUCAAGCCUCACGCCGAGGAGUUGAAAAAAUAUCCUUGUUAUAUCACUCUAGACAAAGAUGUGAUGAUCAAGAAAGACGCAAUUCAAAACUGGAAUUCUGGAAUGCUGACAUUGCAAGAAGUACUCGUCGUUCUUGAAGCCCUGAUAGAAUUGACGUGUGGAAAUAUACUUGCUAUAGACAUUAUUGGUGACUUUACCAAGAUGAUGCCGCGCGGCUUUUAUCGAAGCUAUCUGCACAAAUCUCAACAUGAAGAAAGCAUCAACAACACUGAUCAAGAAAAGGCGACAGCAGUCAACCAGGAGACGAACAUACUUCUUUUGCAAACUCUCAAAAAUUCCUUUGCAAAGCAGUAUUCUCAGAUGAACAAAUAGCUCAACACACACAAAAACAGGAGCAGCGCUCCUUUCCUUGAUCGAAUUGUGCACAAAUGACUGUCUUUUUCGUGUUACACAGGAUCGGGAACAAAAAAGGAUAUCUGAAAAGAUAAGACAGCAAGUGAGCGAGAGGUUCUAAUGCACGGUUCAACUUACGUGCGAAAGAGAGAGCUGUGUUAUAAAGGUGAGUUUUAUCUGCCUACAGGACCGUAUACACUCGCGUGUAUACGAUGUAUUACAGAAAAUUUUUUUGUAAUUGACACGUCAUGAAUAUGGGAAAAAGACAGAUUAAAACGACGCAUUCAUUGUACACAAUGAACAAAGAAAACAACGUCGGAAAGUUGUAUCUGUUUUUCAGUAAACAGAAGGUGUUUGAUGAAGUCAAA